UCAAACAGAUAGAAGAAGAAAAGGAGAGAAAAAUGUUCAGGCUACAUAAAACCCGACCAACUAAAUCUGGGGAGAGAAUAGAUUUCAAGUUCUCUCACUUUAAAGCUCUCCAGGUGCCAAAGGGAUGGGACAGGCUGUUUGUAUCUGUGAUAUCUGUGGAAACUGGGAAAACCAUUGCUAAGUCGAGCAAAGCGCUUGUGCAAAAUGGGAUUUGUCAGUGGACGGAGACGGUGUCAGAAUCUAUAUGGGUUUCGGAAGAGGAGUCUUCUAAGGAAUUGGAAGACUGUCUCUUCAAGUUUGUUGUUUCCAUGGGGUCAGCUAGAUCUGGCAUUCUUGGUGAGACUAAAGUGAAUAUGACAGGCUAUACGAGUUCAAGUGCUGUUGUUCCAGUUUCUUUACCUUUGGAUAAGUGCAAUCACGGGACAGUUCUACAAGUCAAAAUUCAUUGCCUAACACCAAGAAUAAAACUCAGGAAAGAUGAAUCGAAAGAGCAAAAUUCUCAAGAGGAAGAUCUUAAUGCAGAAUCCCGCGACAUGGACACCAAGCCAGAUGGAUCUGAUAGUAUACUUCCAAAGAGCAAUGGAUCCUCCUCCAGUAAAGAGUUGGGUUCUACCUUGCAUAAAGAAGAACCGGAGAGUAGGGGAACAAGUUUUGCUGCUUCUGACUCACAUCAAAGCUAUGAGUCAGGUGAGGUUUCCUUGGAGGGUGAAAAUUUCUCUUCAAGAAAGAACUCCAAUGGUGAUGAUGGACUCAACCUAAGCGGGGGACCAGACUCAAGCAGUUCGCAGAACAAUGUACCUGAAGGCAAUUAUCAUGUUGAAACGCCUUCUGAAUCAAAUCAGUCAUCAUGUAAUUCGGAGGAUACAGGUUCAGGAAAUUAUUCCAAGCACAAUCAGGAAGAUCUUGCUUUAUCAGCAAGUGGAAUCAGUGCUUCGACUAAAAGCCUUCUGAAAGCUGCAGAGGACACAAUACAAGAGCUUCGUGCAGAGUCUAAAAUGUGGGAGAGAAAUGCACAGAAGUUGAUGAUUGAUUUGGAUAUACUCAGGAAAGAAUUCUCUGAUCAAUCCAAAAACCAUGCAAGUUUGCAAACGGAGCUUAAAGCAGCGUGCACAGAACGUGAUGGGUUCAGAAAUGAAGUUGAGCAGCUGAAAUUGUUGUUAGAGAAAAUGGAGAAGGCAGCAGGUUCGGAGAAUUCAACAUUUCAAGAUGGAGGUGUAACCCAUUUUCAAAAAGAAUUUGAAGAUGAAAUUAAGUUUCAGAAAGAAUCAGGUGCUAAUCUGGCUCUGCAGUUGAAGAGGAGUCAAGAAUCAAAUAUUGAACUUGUCGCUGUUCUCCAGGAGCUAGAAGAGACUAUAGAAAAGCAGAAACUAGAAAUAGAGAAUCUUUCAUUGCUGCAAUCAAAGUUCAGCCAUAUGGAAGAGUCUAUCGACGUAAACAUUGAAGAAAACAAAAACACAAUGCUCCAACUGCAGCAACUCCAGGAAUCAGAAAGAAAUUUGAAAGCUGAGGUACAACUACUAGAGCAGGCCUUAGAGCAAAAAGACCUUGGCAUAGAGAAGCAAAAGAGUUUGCGCAACCAAAAUCUUCUGCAUGUUGAGACAGAAUACAAAGCUAAGUUGUUAGCCAAAGAUACUGAAAUUUCUGGUUUAAAAGCCAAGUUAUCUGAGUUUCAUGAGAAAUUUUUUACAAAAACGGUGUCCCUAAACGGCGGUGAAGCUGAUCUGAGUGAAGAAAUUGAAGACCUAAAAGCAAAACUGCAGGAGCUGGAGAAAGAUUGCAAUGAGUUGACAGAUGAAAACCUUGAGCUUCUCUUCAAGCUGAAGGAAAUAAAGAGCUGUUCCAGUGAGCAUAAUGUGAGUCAUCAUGAAUCCAAAGAGCAUAAUCUUGAACAGAAGCUAAAGAAGAAAGUGCUCAGGGAGAUUAAAAGCCAAUAUGAUGCCUCAGUGCAACAACUUGAGAGUUUGAAAAAUGAACUGGAAGUCAAGGUAGCAGGGCUGGAUGAGGAAUUGAGUCAAAGAAGAUCUGAAAUAGAGCGACUUCAAGAUAGCUUGUUGUCCAAAGAAGAGGAGACUAAAAAUCUUUUGUGCUAUCAAAAUGAAUUGGAAGCUAAGGUUUCUAGUCUUCAAAAUGAAAAAGUCCAGCUAGAGGAAAACAUAACAAUCAUCUUGAGAGAAAGUGAAAUUGCUACCAAGUGCAUGAAUGAUUUGCGAAAAGAUAUAAGGUUGCUUAGCAGCAGUGUGGAUUCCCAUGUUUCAGCCAAUAGAAUACUUGAAAAGAAAUCUUCAGAGCUAGAAAGUGAAGAGCACAAACUGGAGGCCCAAUUAUCAGAAAUGGAAAAUGGAAAUGCAGAGUUAUCAGCAUGCAUUUCCAGCUUGGUGGCGCAAGUAAAGUCACUGACUACUGAGAGGGAAUCAAUACAACUAGAGCUAGAGAAUUCUAAUGCUCUUGCUAUGAAUCUCCAAGAUGAGCUCAAAAGAUUGAGAAAUGACAUGGAGACUCAAGAAACAGAUAUGAAGAAAGAGCUGGAGGAGAUGCAUAAUCAGUGGUCAGAAGCACAAGAAGAGUGUGAGUACCUGGGAAGAGAAAAUUUGAAGUUACAAUCCACUGCUAAUAGUCUCAUCAAAGAGUGCAGUUCUGUUCAGAAGUCAAAUGGAGAAUUAAAGAAGCAAAAGUUUGAAUUGCAAAAGCAUUGUACCCACUUGGAGGAAAAGCUGAGAGAGUCAAAUGAAAACUUUGCUAAUUGUUCCAGAAAACUUGAAGGUUUAGAAGAAAAUCUUUCUUCCAUGCUGGAAGAUAUUGCCUUGAAAGAGAAAAGCAUAACUUUGCAGUUCGAUGCACUUUUCGAUGAAAAUGGAAAACUAAGGGAGAAACUUGCUCUGGCAGAAAGCUUGUUAACUCAAAUGCAUUUAGAGAAGACGGUUGAAAUUGACAAUCUUCAACAGGAGAUAGCAAACCUCAGAAAGCAACUCUCAGCAACACUUGAUGAGAAAAAGAGGAUAGCUUCUGAAGCUGAGCAUGAAGUGUCUGGUCUACAUGCUGAUAACGCUAAACUGGAGUGUGCUCUUCCUGAUCUUCAAUGUGAAUUGAAACGGGUGGAGAAUGAGCUCAACAAUAUUCAAAUAGAAUCACAAGCAAAAGUUCAAGGCCUGAUGGGGGAGCUUGCUGCUUCCAAACAAAACCAAGACUUGCUGAUGGUUAACCAUGAAAAGUUGUUGAAGCAGUUGGAGAUAUUCAAAUCAAAUGAAGAAAAAUUUAAGAUCAGCUUGAAUGAUCUUGAACUACAGCUUACAGUGUCUGAAUAUGAGCGGCAACAACUCAGGGAACAGUCUACCAAUGUGAAAGUUCAGUUGUUGAGCAUAGAACAUCUUGAACUGGAAUUUUUGUCUCUAAGGAAUGAGCUCAAUGCAACAAUAUCAGAGAAAGAGGAAUUGAGAACUUCAUUGCAUCAUAAGUGUGAGGAAUGUGAGGAUAUGAAAGCACAAAAAGAUUCAUGUUUGGAGAAGAUUUCUACCUUGCAGAGGGAUGUGUCUAAACUAGGGGACUGCAAACGUCAGUCUGCCGCCUUGGAAGAAAAGCUUUUGCAGAUGGAGGAUGACCUAAUGGAAAAGGAGGAAAUACGUGUACAGGAUAACGAGCUCAAAAAUGAGCUCUCCAUGAUCAAGAAGGCUAACAGGCAACUUCAGUGGAAGAUACAACUACUUGAGGAAGAGAAAGAUAAGUUUCUUAUGAGAUCUCAAGCCCUCAACGAAGAAUUGAAGUUGAUGAAAGAAGAAAAACAGAAUCAGAGGGAGUCCAGCAGCACAAACUCUAACAGAAGUCAACAUCAAAAAGAGGGUGAUAAUGGAUACAAAGUUUACCAUAAGAGUUCUCCUGCUGCUUCAGGCUCAAAGAUUCAGUUGCUUGAAGCUGAACUAGCCAAAACUAAGGAAGCAAAUAGCACGUACAAAGCACAGAUCAAGAGGUUGUCAUCUGAGGGCAAAAGCCACCGUGUAAACGGUAGAAAAUCUGUAGCCGAAGGUGAAGUUGUGACAAAAGAAAGAUUCGAACGAACAAAAUCAUCUCUAGAGUCAGAGCUAAGAGACAUUCGCGAGCGAUAUCUCCAAAUGAGCCUCAAAUAUGCUGAGGUAGAAGCUCAGCGCGAGGAACUUGUCAUGAAGCUUAAGAUAGCCAAAAAUGGGAAGAGAUGGUUUUCUUAAGUUGAAUGACAUUAAUUUUCAAUUGAGCUUCUCGUUUUAUUGCAGAUAGCAUUUUUCAAGAAUCAGUUAAUAUGUCAAAGGUUCAACUUCCAUGACAUUCAAGAGAGUAAGUUCUUGGGAGGAGAAAAAAAGAGAAAGUACCCCCAUUUGUAAAAUAUGAAAUAAUUGAUGGAAAAGUUGCAGAAUUUCAUAUUAAAGUAACAUCAAAUUGUAAUUGAACCUGGAGAGUUGAAAAUACAAUGAACAAGUGUUCCAUAAAUAAAAUAUCAAAGAAGU